AAUCACUCAAUAUAAGUGCAAAGGUAAUAUAAAAAAUACUGUGGGCUGGCGUCUGAAAUAAAAAAACACUAGCUUGUACAUACGUGUCUGCGCGAAGUGUUAUGGGAAUAUCAAUUUUAUUUGUAUGCCGAUAAAGGAAUCAAUGUGGGAUUUUAAAAAAUGAACAAGUCUCGACCAGUUUUCACCUAACACAAGUGUGUUUGGUUUAAUCUCGAUAAAGAUUGGGAUCGUGUACAAAAAAUACCCCCGAAAACCGCAUUCCGCGUAUAUAAAACGCGCUGCAUGUCAGAUCUCAAACAUAUCAGCCUGGCUCUCUACUGAGUGAGUUUAUAAUUAUUGUGUAUUGUGCUACAUAGAUACCUGCAGCGUCCAGACAUAUGAAUCCAUCAACAAUAAUUGACGACUGCGACUACACGAUGAAAAAUUACUAUUAUCCGAGCCCUAGUGAUGAUGAAAUACUAUCACCAUCACUUCUCCUGAAAAAACCGACUAAACGGAUUCACGAAAAUAUUGAUUCAUAUUUUGAAACUCCCUCGAAGAAAUCUAAGAGCAAAACAUUAUCUUCGACGGUCGGGCGUGCUGCCUGCGGGGGUAUUUCAUAUAUAUCCACCAAUGAAGACGACGGAUCUAAAGCGUCACACCUCAUAAAAAUUGAAAUGUACGAUAUGAAAAAAUUGAAAGAUUUACCACCCAGCGAACAUUGGAAAAAAGCUGAUAUGCGAAUCAAGCUGUAUUGCACCUCUGAUCAUAUUCUUUUCCAUGAUACUAAUCAACUCAUGUUUUCUAUAACAAAACAAAUAGCUACAAAGACAGAUUGCAAAAAAUAUUUUCUCGAGACAUCGAAGUAAAAAUAAUAAUGUACCACGACCCCCGGCGCACAGACCACACACAACUGCUACACUACCGAGACGCCCCUCUAUUUCCUUCGUACUAUAUAAACACGCGACAUUGAACUGUGACUACACUUCCCUUCUCAAACUCAGCUGCAAACAUGGAUCUCUCUCUCGAUUCGUCAAGCUACGAUGCAGAGCUACUGAAGGCUUUAGCUGACUACGAAAAUCAGGAAACAUUAACUGGAAAUGGAAGAAAAAGAAAAUGGGGUGAUGUCAUCACCCCUUCAACGUCGGCCGCUGCAACGAACAACGACCCCUCCCAGGCAGCCCUCCAGGCAACACCUCUAGAAGAAGAUACCCCUCCAGGCAACAAAAUUAAAUGUGAUGCGUGUCAAGUUCACAUUGGGAAGAGGUACUUUUCACGUCAUUUAAAUAGCAAAUUACAUAGGGAAAAGGUUUUAAGAAACCAUGAAACAUUAGAAAAUGUGAAAAUAAUUGAAAGCGCAUUUGGACAACGAGUGAAAUCCUAUCGUAUUCAGCUCGACUCAUCUAAUUUAAAUAGUUCUGUAUCAACAGAUUGUGUAAUAACACCCGAGGUAUACUUCGAAAAAAUUAAAAAUAAAAUAUUUAAACUACUAAUGGAUAACAUAGAUUGCCAUUCAUUCAUCAAAGUAAAUUUUGUUUUACACGCAGAAUUCAUUCAAAUCACUAAAGAUUUAGUUAAUUCUUUCGAUUUCCAGGGAUAUAAUUAUAGUUUUUGCAAGGGGGAUGAUAUUGAGUUAGAUUUUGAACAAGUUGUUGUUGAGUUUUCCAACAAAUUAGGCGAAUUCGAAAAAAAGGACAGUGGAUGGAGUCUAAAAAAAAUCUUAUAUGUUGAUAUGAACGUAAAUAAAUUUAAUCCAUUGCGGGGCUCAUCAUAUAUUGAUUUACCAAUUGAUAUCAAACAUAAAAAAGCAGUACUAAACAUAAAAAACUCAGAUUAUGAAUGUUUUUCGUGGGCUGUGUUAGCGGGGUUAUACCCCGUAAAUAAAAAUGCAGAGAGAGUGGCAGCAUAUUUACCCAACAAAAACAAAUUAAAUUUUGGUGACAUAAAUUUUCCAGUAAAACUACGAGAUGUGAAAAAAUUUGAAAAUUUAAAUAAUAUGAGCAUUAAUGUUUUUGGAUUAGAAUACAAUAAUGAAACAAAGAAAAAUGAAAUCAUAGGCCCCUUACAUUUCACGAAACAUCGAAUGCCUACUCAUCUAAAUUUAUUAUAUUUAACAAAUGGCUCGAAUGGUCAUUAUUGCCUCAUAAAAAACAUGUCUCGAUUACUUAGCAAGCAGAUAACCACAUCAAAUGAAGCAAUUCAUAUUUGUGAUGGGUGUCUUUUACAUUUCUCAAACAAAGAGCAUCUCAAUCUGCAUCAAAAAAAUGAUUGCGUUAAUAUACGAACUGAAUUACCUAGUGCACGAAACACAAAACCCAACUGGUUUGGAGAGCACACGAGUAGUGAUAAGUUAAAAUUCGAUAAAUAUGACAGACAGAUGAGAGUGCCCUUUGUGGUGUAUGCAGACUUUGAAGCGUUUGUUACGCCAAUACCAUCAUGCGAUAAUGAUCCCGAGAAGUCGCAUACAAAUAACAUUCAAAAACAUAAUGUUUACAGUUUCGGUUACUAUCUAAAAUGUGCGUAUGAUGAUAAACUUUCCAAGUACCAAACUUAUAUGGGUGAAGAUUGCCCUAACGUAUUUCUAAAAUAUUUAAAAAAAGAUUUAGAGCUCAUAACUAAAAAAAAUUCUUUUGUUAAAUCACCUUUGCCAUUGACGGAUGAAGAUAAACUUAAUAUAUCUCAAAGUCAACAGUGCUAUAUUUGCAGUAAAGAUUUAAAUCAUGAUGCCACCAUUGAUCAUAAUUGGCACACUGGAGCUUAUAGUGGAGUUGCGCACAGCAUGUGUAGUUCAAAAUACAAUCCACCUAGAUUUUUACCUGUAUUUCUACAUAACUUAAGCAAUUAUGAUGCACAUUUUAUCGUACAUGCAUUAAACUUUGAUUCAGGAAAAAUCGAUAUUAUACCCCAAAACAAAGAAAAAUAUAUUUCUUUUUCUAAACAAAUUAAAGUGAAUAACCAUAAUGUUAGCUUGAGGUUUCUCGAUUCGUUUAAAUUUAUGGCUAGCAGUCUAGAUAAGUUGGCUCAAAAUUUGAGGUCUGAUCAAUUUAAUGAGCUCAAAAGAGUAUUUCCAAAGGAGGACGAUUUCAAACGAUUAAUAAAAAAAGGUAUAUAUCCCUAUGAAUACACCACGUCUUUUGAUAGUUUAAAAUGUACAUCUUUGCCUGAUAAAGAAGAUUUUUAUAACUCAUUAACUAACACAAAUGUUUCUGAUGAAAAUUAUAAACAUGCCCAGGACAUAUGGACACAUUUUAACUGUCAUGAUAUGAGUGAUUAUUCGAAUUUAUAUUUAAAAACCGAUGUGUUGUUGUUAGCCGACAUCUUUGAAAAUUAUAGGAAUGUUUGUUCUAAGACGUAUGGAUUAGACCCAGCACAUUAUUUUACUGCACCGGGAUUAAGUUGGGACGCUAUGUUAAAGUAUACACAAAUUGAAUUGCAGCUUUUGACUGAUUUUGAUAAAAUAUCUUUUAUCAAAAAAGGUAUACGGGGUGGUAUUUCCCUAUGUAGCAAUAGAUAUGCGAAAGCGAAUAAUAUUUUCAUGAAUGACUAUGACAGUCGAGUACCACCUUCGUUUUUGAUUUAUCUUGACGCUAACAAUUUGUAUGGGUGGGCUAUGUCACAAUAUCUUCCGACAGGUGAAUUCGAAUGGGUAGAAGAAAGUGUCAAUUAUAAUAUACCUGAUAAUUCUGAAUAUGGUUAUAUAUUAGAAGUUGACUUGAUAUAUCCUCAUCAUUUACACGAUUCUCACUCCGAUUUGCCUUUCUGUCCUGAAACAAUUUGCACGCCAAACAGUAACGAAAAAAAAUUAGUACCAAAUUUAAAAAACAAAAUAAAAUAUAUCAUUCACUAUAGAAAUCUUAAACAAUGUAUUGAAAACGGUUUAGAACUAACUAAAAUUCACAGAGUUUUAAAAUUCAAACAAAGUGACUGGUUAAAAAAAUAUAUUGAUUUGAAUACUUCAAUGAGAACUUCAGCCGUAACUGAUUUUGAAAAAGACUUUUUCAAAUUAAUGAAUAAUGCCAUAUUUGGUAAAACAAUGGAAAACAUAGAAAAACGUGUGAAUGUUCACUUAGUUACGCAAUGGGAAAAUAAUGGGAAAAUUCAAGGUGCACAAAGUUUAAUUGCCCGACCAGAAUUUCACAGUGCAUCAUGUUUUUCUGAAAAUUUGAUUGCAGUUCAAUUAAAUAAAACAAAACUUUUAUAUGAUAAACCAAUUUAUCUCGGCUUUUGCAUUCUGGAUAUUUCCAAAACACUGAUGUACAAGUUUCACUACUCAUAUAUGAAAAACAAAUUUAACGAUAGGUUAAAAUUGAUGUACACUGAUACUGAUAGUUUAAUAUAUCACAUUCAAACCGAAAAUUUAUAUAGCGACAUAAAGUCAAAUUUAAAAGACUAUUUUGAUACAUCUGAUUAUUCAAUCGAUAAUCGUCAUAAUUUUCCACUUGUUAACAAAAAAAAGAUAGGAUUUUUUAAAGAUGAAAAUAAUGGAAAUAUUUUCAGAGAAUUUGUAGGUUUACGUUCAAAAAUGUAUGCAAUCGAGGUAGAGAAUGAUUUUAUUGCUAAGGCGAAGGGCAUAAAUAAAUCUGUAACUAAGACGUUUCAGCUAAAUGACUAUAAAAGAUGUCUAUUUAAUCAAACCCGAAAAAUCGAUUGUAUGUUAAGAUUUAAAUCAAUAAAACAUGUUAUAUUUACACAAAAAUGCUCCAAAAUUUCACUGUCUCAUAAUGAUACGAAGCGAAAAUUAUUGGAAAACUCAACCGAUACUGUUGCCUGGGGGCAUUAUAAGAUGUCUGAAUAAUUUUUUAGUUUUUGUAGUUUUAAAAAUAGUUUAAGAUUUUUAACAUUGUUGUGUGUGUCUGUGUCUGUGCUAUGCUUCUGCAUAUAUGUUUUUUGUAUUGUGUGUACUAAUUAUUCUAUUUAGUUUUAAAUAACCAAUAAGCGUGUUUAGUUUGUAUGUAGGUUUAUUUUUAGUGUGUAGCUUAAGAUUAAAUCAUAAAAUAAAUUUAUAUUUUUAUAAACACAA